CGGGAUGAAGCACGGCCGCGCAAUGUGGUGCGGUCCGUCGCGUCGUGGAGAACGGGAGCCGCUGUCUCGCGCGCGCGCUUCCUGCCUCCCUCGCGGAGUUCCCUCUCGAGAGUCUCCGGUCUUCGCGCGUUCCGCCGCUCCCGGAAGCUCGAGCCUCCCCCCCCGGAGGAGGUGGUCUCGCGAGCGAAACGUGUACGCUCUGCUGCGCGGAGCUCGAAUGCGCGUGUACCAAGUGGACGCGGGCUACCGAGACAAGAUUGGAGGUGAGACGCGCGAAGAUCUUCUCGGCCAACGUUCGGUCGAAUGUGCACGCGCGUGAGCGCAAAAUCCUUCGCGAAGCGCCUUGAUCGUCAUCGGCACGAGCCGCGAUGAGGGCCGUCGUUUACUGUUCGACGCUCCUCCUGAUAUCGGCGUCGAUCGCCAGGUCGGUCGACGACUGCGGGGAUCCAAAUUUUCACUCUCUAGAGACGCCGGCGUCGUCCAGGCUCGAGUGCGGGCCGGCCUUCAAGAACCGCUGUCACUGCCUCAGAACGUGCUACGACGGUCACUUUCAAUACGUGGUGAAUUGCACGGGUACCGGAUUCCAGGACACGUCCCCGCUGGCGGCUUUGCCCAACGAGACGCAGGUGCUCAUCUUCACGGGGAACGAGCUGGAGGAACUGCCCUGGAACGUGUUCGGCACCCUGGACAACCUGCCUAAUCUAAAGGUGAUCGACAUGUCGAACAACAAGAUACGCGAGAUACGCGGCAAGGCUUACCACCACGUGCAGCACGUGGAGCGUCUCAUACUCGACUUCAACGAGCUCUCGUUGGAUCCCGCGAGGAGCCACCCGCGGGUGUUCUCCAAUUUCAUCUCCCUACUGGAGCUGCACCUGACCGACGCCUUCGAGGACGGUCCGCCGAGGAACCUGGCGUCGACGCUCCACGACAUCUUCGUCAACAGCAACCUCACGCAGCUGAUAAAGCUGCAUAUCGAGCAGAACGAGAUCUCGGAGUUCAAAGACGUCAACGUGUUCUGCGAUCUACCGAGCCUCCUCGAUCUUCAUCUCGGCGAUAACGACCUGAGCGCGCUGCAGUUCAAUCUGUCGUGCCUGCACAGACUGCGCUUCCUGGACCUACGGCGAAACAAAUUCACGAGGGUCCUCGAGCGCGAUCUCCAUACCAUGGACAAUCUCGCUAAGCACGAGCGGACCGUGACCGUGGAUUUUUCUGGCAAUCCCUUCGAGUGCUCCUGCAAGCUCAAUCCGUUCAUCAAGUGGAUGAAGAAGACGAAAGUGUUUAUCCGAAACAAGGCCAACCUGCAGUGCCACGAGGGUAACCUGCGGCACGACUUCCACGAAACGAAGAAUUGCGCGCCGAAGCUACUAGCUUCCACCCAGCGGGGAACGACGGUGGUGCUUUGCUUCCUCUCGAUAGUGCUGAUCGCUCUGGUGUGCGCUUUGGUCUAUCUACAAAGGGUGAAACUUCAGAAGAAGAUCGAGCCUGUGCUCGACUCGGUCAGCAAGCGGGUGCGGUACACUUCGAUAGCGAACGGUGAUACUCGCGAGGACGUGUGAGCGAGGAAAGAGGAGGGAAGCUGUAUUCCGGCAAACGACAAGUUUUCGCUUAAGAUAGAGUUCGUUCGCGUCUCGCGAAGACGCCGAGCUCGAGAACUCAGCUUACCCCGUUCGCACGUCUCGAAGCGAAUGGCGAACGGGCACGGACUAAAGGUUCCGGGAGAAACUUGGACGCGCAUGAAACUUUUGUAAUAUACUUCUAACCGUAACGGUAUCGUCGUUUUACGUAAAAUUAUGCUUCAAAUUGUAUGGCUCCCCGAUAACUCGCACGCUCGCAGCGGCGUGCGAAAUUGAGCAUGAAGUUUCAUGGUCGGCGCGUUUUCAGGCAUUGCGUACAGUCAAUGAGCGAUACCGAUUUGUGAUUAACGCUACCUAGUUAUCCAAUUUAACUUUACGAUGUAAUAAUCCGUUUAUAAAUAAAUGUUAUUUAUUAUAACGA